AAAUAAUGGGAAGAGGUUUUGAUAUUACUUUAAUAGUUUAGGGUGCGUAUAAGAUCUACAUGUUGUUGGUUUUGAUGUUUGUUCUUUGUGCCAUUAUAAAUGGUGUUAAUCUGGAUUUGUCUUUUUUUGCAUUAGACCUGAUGACACUGAAAGAGGAGAGUCAAGAACUCAGUGUUCAGCAUGAGAAAUCAGAAAAAAGAGCUCAAAAGACAGCAAAUAGAAGUUAUUUCACCUGCCAACAGUGCGGGAAAAGUUUAACCAGAAAAGGAUUCCUUGAAGUCCACAUGAGAACUCAUACUGGAGAGAAACCUUUCACCUGCCAACAGUGUGGGAAGAGUUUCAUUCGAAAAUCAAACCUUAAUUACCACAUGAGAGUUCACACUGGAAAGAAACCAUUUGUCUGCCAACAGUGUGGAAAGAGUUUUACUGAAAAAGGGAACCUUAAUCUUCACAUGAGAAUUCACACCGGAGAAAAACCUUUCACCUGCCAACAGUGCGGAAAGAGCUUCACUCAAAAAGCAGAUCUUAAAAAACACACACUAAUUCAUACUGGAGAGAAACCUUACACAUGCUCUCAAUGUGAAAAGAGUUUUACAGAUAAACGACACCUCGUUGACCACAUGAGAGUUCACACUGGAGAGAAGCCUUACACCUGCAAACUGUGUGGAAAGAGCUUCAUUCGAAAAGCAAGCCUUAAAUACCACAUGCAAAUUCACAGUGGAGAGAAACCUUUCAUAUGUUCUCAAUGUCCAAGGAGUUUUACACAUAAAUAUAGACUUAAAGGCCACAUGAGGAUUCAUACCAAAGAGAAACCUUUCACCUGUCAACAAUGUGGAAAGAGUUUCACUGAAAAAGGAAACCUUAGGAAACACAUGAAGAUUCACACUGAAGAGAAGCCGUUUACAUCUGAUCAGAGUUUUGAACGUAAAGUAGCUCUGUAAC